AUGAUCAAGACGUACGGAGCCUUACUAAUUGACAUAUUGCUGUUUCUUUUGACGAUACUGUGGGAUAUUACCAAAGGAAUCUAUAAACUAUGCAUACCACUCCCAGAAAAAAAUGUAACUGGUGAAGUCGUCCUGAUUACAGGCUCUGGUCAUGGCAUUGGUAAAGAAUUGGCAUUAAAAUAUGCCUCAUUGGGAGCGACUAUUGUCUGUUGGGACAUAAAUGAACAAGGGAACAAUGAAACCGUAGAAGAAAUCAAACAAAACGGCGUCUCGAAAGCUUACGGUUACAAGUAUGUACAAGAAACUUACAAUUUAUUUUUCGACAUAAAAUAUAAAUUAUGCGACGUAUCGAACAGAGAAGAGGUCAUUAAAACAGCAGAGAAAGUGAAAAAAGAAGUGGGAGAUGUAACAAUCUUGAUUAACAAUGCUGGUAUAAUGCCUUGUCAACUUUUCACAAAACAUACACCCGAACAGAUUAAACGAAUAUUUGACAUCAAUAUAAUGGCACAUUUCUGGGUUCUUCAAACUUUCUUGCCUAAUAUGAUACAAAACAACUACGGUCAUAUCGUUUCUAUUUCCUCAGUGGCUGGACUUUUUGGUCUAUCCAAUGUAGUUCCUUAUUGUUCUUCGAAGUUUGCAGUGAGAGGAUUGAUGGAGGCACUUUGCGAGGAGCUUCGAGUACAAAACGAAAAUAAACCAUCAAAUAUCAAGUUCACGACAAUUUACCCAUAUAUGGUAAAUACAGGACUCUGCAAAAAACCAUUGUAC